UGUGGUCCUUCCAAAGCAGAACCCUUCUCCUCCUGCCACUUCUGGACAGGUUGUGCCAGCCUGUGCCAGACAUUUUCCUGACAUCCUGCUUGAGGUGCAAGGAUGAGCAGAACGAACGGUACAGACACACCCUGGCGGGUCUCCUUUUGCCCAGGGACCUUCCGAGUCCCUCCUCUACCCUCCUUUGCAUCCGGCAGCAGCAGGAGGGAGCGGAGGGCAGCGGGGAGGGGGCAGCACCCACCCUGCCGCUCACAGAGCAGGAUUUUGACCCCCGGGCUGCGGGCUGGAGGGGUCCUGCUGCUGCUACCUGGUCCUCUCCUCCCUGGGCAGCAAGAGGGGGAGCUCAGGGGGGCACAGGGAGCCCAGGCGAGCGCUCCGGCAGAUGGCAGAGCCACCCUGGGGAGAAACCCGACACGGGCAGACACUCCCUCGGAAUAGCCGGGGGCCGAGCAGGAACCAGGAAAUACCAGCUCUCCCUGUCCGGCAGACGCUGCUGCUCCCCGGGACGGAGGAGCGGGAUGGGCAACCGGCUCUGCGGCUGCGGGAGACCCUGGAGUUGUCCUGUGCCUUUUAAAAGGAAGAAAGAAAAGCAAGGAGCUCAUGUGAGAGGUGAGAGCCAACAGCAGCAGCCCGACAGGAAGGCUCCAACGUACGAAGAUGUCCCGGAGCUCCCUGUCUAUGCCACGGUGAGUAAAGGCCAGAGUGGGCAGCAGGAUGACAGCAUCCACUAUGCAGACAUCCAGGUGUUCAGCAAGGCCCGGGAGCGCUCUGCAGCAGAGGUGAAGAACCUGCACAUGCAGAAUGCCACAGAAUAUGCCACCCUCAACUUCCCCCGGCCCCGCCUCAAGUACGACAGCAAGAAUGGGACCCUGGUGUAGCAGCCUUCCUGGCCCUCUCCUCCUUCAGCAGCAGCAGGAUUUCACAGACUGAAUGAUGCUGUAGGUGCAAGCCAACCUCAUGGACACAUCCAGUCUCCCUGGGGAGGUGCAGAGAGGCUGUGUCCUCCACCUGCAUUUCUCCUCGGAGGGCACAGACAUAUUUAUUCUCACAGGAAUGAGCAGUUUCCUAUCUGAUUCUGCUGACAAGACCCACCUCUUCUCCUCGGAAGAGUUGCCUCUGAAGCUGGCAACCCUUCUGCUCUCAGCACUGUGAGAAGACAGAGCUGCUCCUUGGCUGAUGAAGGCUACAACCACAGCUCCUGCUGUGGGACAGGACCAGCUGAGUGCAGCUCAGCAGGUGGAUUUGGGAACAUGGCAUACAGGAUUCAAUACUGGGACACAGGAGGUGUUGCCACAGGAUUUUAUGUCACUGUUAAGGGAAUCCUGUGGUGUAGAGAGGGACACGUGGAUGAGACUGUGAAGAAAGGGCACGAAACCUUUAACAGUAUCUAUUGCAAUGUCUUCCUCCAACAGCUGCCCCUGCAGCCAUGCACUGUGUGCACCCCCUUUUCCCAAAAAGCAGUGUUCUAGAGCCAUGCCCAGCACGCUAAGGCCAGAAAUGCAGAAUUAACUGGGGGGUACAGAACAAUUUCUUUCACUGAAGGGCUGUACAGUGCAUGCAUCCUUCCCCCAGCAGGCACAGAGGUGACUAGUGAGCUCCUGGCUCUGGCUGAAAAUGAAACAAGGGAAAACUGGAAUUUAACUGCCAGGCAGCCAUUUAAAAGCCACAGGCUAUAUUUAGGGCAGUUGUCCUUCGAGCACAGCAGCUGUCUGCAUGCCUGAGAUACUGGGAACAAGUCCUGGUCAACUUUAGGGAGAGCUUUUGGGCUUUCCCUCCAUUUUUAAUUCUUUCACACUGUCAGCCUUAGCCAUAAAACCCAGUCACAGGGAGCACACGCCAUGUGGGGUUUUCUGCUGACCCUCCCAGAUCCAUCUUGGAGAAUUUAUGGAUUUAAGAUAGUGUUAACCAUGUAUUAUAGCAAUCACUCAAAAGGCUUGGGCCCCUGGAGGUGGCAGUUGCAGCACUGCAGCUGAGCAGGGCCAGCCUGUUUCUUGCCAGUGGUUAGAAAUGGACAUCCUGGUCCCUUUUCUAAACAUACCUGGCUCAGCUAAAGGUAACAAGCAUGAAGGAGCUCCUGCUCACUGCCAAAAAUAAAGCUGGUAGGGGCAGUGUUUGCCAAGAUGGAAGUGUCUGAGGACCAAUCCGACCAUUUUUCUACCCUUUUGCCCCUGCUAUCCAGUAGCCCUCAGCAGGGCUGUUGUGAGGCCAGAGUAACUUUGGCAGGAGAAGCCCCCCUUUUAAAAUCAUGGAUAGACUAUGUUUUUCUACCUGAGAAGGGACUUUUUGCCCAUGCUAUGCAGCUGGCCUCAGUGGGGCUCUUGGAGGGUCUGCAGGAAAAGGCACUUCAUUUGUAAUGCUGACAGGAUCCUGCUGUUGGAUGGGCUGGUUCUUUUGAGCUCCAAGGAUUCCUGUUUCUGCUCCUCCCACGUUCCUCUCUGCACUCCAUGCCCAGCAUGAAAACCUGUCCUUUGGGCUGAGAAGGAUUGAAUGGGCACAGGACUUGCUUUCAGGAGUGGGAGGCACGGGACCUUCCAGCUGUCAGAGGAGCAGCCAGGACACAGAUCCAGACCUGGAUCAUGCUGAGCAGCAGUUACCCACCUUCUUGCACUGAGCUGCUGGUACCAGAACUAGAAAGGGGCACUGGCUUCCCUUCUAGCCAAGUCCUCCACAUCAUAGGAAGAAAUAAGGACUUUUUAGAAACAUUAUUAAAUACAGAUUAUACUUCAGGACCUGAGAGGUUUUCUAGCAGGUCCAGACUCCACCAGGUCCUUUUUUUUUAAAACAGUGGAAAUAAAAAAGCCUGUCAUGGCGAUGGCA